UUCUACACCUGCCUGCCAAGCUGCAGCGCUGAUGGGCGCGGCUGGGACCGGUGCCCAAACCUCUGUUUUGACUUGCCUGGGAAAAGCUGGGCGAAAAGACACAAAGGGGACCGAGGACUUUAAGAACAUCCCAGCACCGCGCGUCAGCCUCACUUUAACGCGUUAUUCCUCCCGAGGAGCGCUCGGUCCAUCUCGAGAGGAAGUUUGAGCGAUCGUUGUUCGAGCUGGCUGAAGAUAAAAUGGGAUGGAGGAGUUAACGAGACAGAUGGACUUCUCGGGAGGCUUGUCGGAAGAAAAGGUUGUGACAGAAACUAUAACCUCCACAACCAGGCUGACUUCUCUACCACCAAAGGGAACCAGCGGAUCAAAUCACAGGAAUAUGUCCAGCGGUGCUGGAGGGCUGGGCUUGGAGAAGAAUGUCUUAACCCAGAACAGCAGUGGAACUUAUUUCUCUUCAUCCUCUGUAGGUGUUAACACCAGCGGCUACAGCUCCUCCUCAGGAGUUUACUUUGGAGGAGACUCCUCAGGAGGAGGCGAUGGAGGGGGGAGCUACAUAGACGGAGAAGGUUACGGAUGUGGAGGAGGAGGAGGAGGAGGCGGAGGCGGCAGCAGCUAUCUCGUGAGCUCGGUGUCAAAGGUCAGGUCCAGCUCGUCAGGCGGCGCCAGGAGAGGGCAAACCGCCGGCUCAUCAGGAGGCCUGUCGCCAGUUUUCCGGGAGAGGAAGAAUAUAUCCAGCCGCUCAGGAGGUUAUGAUGGAAGUUCCAGUGCUAAUUCCUCUCCUGAAUUUACACGCAAAGAUUAUGGAAUCUAUUGCUCCAACACCACAAGAGGGAGGAGCGAAAGCAGAGAGAGCGAGAUCAGAGCCCGAUUACAAAGCGCCUCUCCCACCACCUGCAGAUGGACGGAGCUGGAUGACGUGAAGAAGCUGCUGAAGGGACGCUCCUGCAGCGUCAGCCCCACUCGCUCCUCCAACACUUCCAUUACCCUGCCUGUCCCUAAAAAAGCCAGCGUGGAAACCAAGACCAUCUCUGUGGCCUCUCAGUCGGUUUCAACUUCAUUUGGCUCUGGUGUGAGAUCAGAUGGCUUCCACACCAUUGAUACGUCAGGCCUGUAUGAUAACGGGCUGACAUCUGAGCAGUUUGAUGCUGGUGUAAAAUCAGGCCAGUACGAUAUCACUUUGAAAUCAGGCCAGUAUGAUACUGGUGUGAAAUCAAGCCUGUACGGUGGUAGUCUGAAAUCAGGCCAGUAUGAUACUGGUGUGAAAUCAAGCCUGUAUGAUGGCAGUCUGAAAUCAGGACAGUUUGAUACUGGUGUGAAAUCAGGCCAGUAUGAUAUCACUAUGAAAUCAGGCCAGUACGACAGCAGUGUGAGAUCAGGCCAGUACGACACGCUGGACACUAUACUUCCAUCUUUCUCUUGGUCCACCUCCACGCUGCCCUCCUCCUCAACCACGGUGGUCAACGGCAACACCAGCAGCUACACGUACCAGACCAGCACCAACAACAUGCCGGGAGGGUCCUCGCCGCUCGGCCUCACCUCUCCCUCGUCCCUGUCAGUUUACGGCUUUCAGAAUAAUCUGGCUCCCACCUCUGGCAGCGUGCUCACCACCAGCGGAGCCAACGUGAACGCCAACCUGGGAGGUUACGGCGUUCAAAAGAACUUGUCAAAUGGUGGUGGUGUCGUCAGCACUGGAGUCUCUACAACCACUAAAUCCCAAACUGAUGAUGCCUAUAAGAAAGACUAUAAGUUCCUGAUCUCUGAGAAGGAGAACGCUCCGGCCAAGAGGGACACAGAGAUGCUCAUCCUGGCUAAAGACAGCGGGAAGCAUUUCACCAGCGGCAGCAGUGUUCGAAUAGGAGGAGGCUCACUGUCGGGAGACUCAAUAAAGAAGGAGAAACUAAUUUCAAGCUACAGUGAGACGAUGCCACUGAAGACGGAGACAGGCAACUCUUACUAUGGAUCAUCUGGAGUUGUGAUGAAAGACAAAGCCACCUACGCAGAGAUUCACAGGGACAGCGGCAUCUUCGGAGGUGGAGGACUAUGCUGCUGCUCCGACUCCUGCUGCUCCUGGUGGAAAUGGCUGCUGGGUCUUCUCCUCCUCUCCCUGCUCCUGCUGGGACUCCUCUUUGGGCUCAUUGCACUGGCCGAGGAUGUGAGAAAGCUGAAGAAUCGAGUGGCUACCCUGGAGGCCGAGUCCUCGGUCGCCGCUGCUCGCACCAGUCGGCUGUCAGGUUCCUCCAACGACAUCAACACCUAUGUGGACGGUGGAGGAACCAGCCACCAUGACAACACGCUACACCUGGGUGCUGGAGGUGGAGGCUCGGGCUCCAAAACACGAAUUGCGAUUGCCACAGGUGGAGGUGGAGGUGCAGGUGGCAAUGGCAUAGAUGUCGGCAUCGCAGGUGGUGCUGCAGGCACCAGUGCGGCUGGUGGUGCUGCUGCUGGAGGUGCAGGCAGUGCUGGUACUGGUUUCAGUGGCGGUACUAGCAGUGCUAGUGGUACCAGUUUCAGUGGUGGUGCCGGCAGUGCUGCUGGUACCGGUUUCAGUGGUGGUGCUGGCAGUGCUGGUACUGGUUUCAGUGCUGGUGCUGGCAGUGCUGGUACUGGUUUCAGUGGCAGUGCCGGCAGUGCUGGUACUGGUUUCAGUGGUGGUACUGGCAGCGCUUCUGGUACCAGUUUCAGUAGCGGUACCAGCAGUGCUCGUGGUACCAGUUUCCAUGGUAGCUCAAGCAGUACUGAUCAAAGUUUCAGCGGUAGUGCUAGCAGUGCUGGUGCUGGCUUCGGGACCGGUGUGAGUGGAGGACACAUGGACGCCGCUGCUCUUCAGCUGAUGAUCCACCACAUGUUAAGAACUGAAAUGCAGUCACAGGCUUUCAGAGGUUUUAUAGCAUCCUCAGUGCAGGGAGAGAGAGGACUGCCUGGACCUAAAGGGGACACUGGACCUAAAGGAGACGCUGGUUUCGUUGGAGCUCCAGGUGCUCCGGGUCCGAUGGGACACGCAGGCCCUGAGGGUCCUAAGGGACAGAAAGGAAGCCAAGGUGAUCAUGGACUGGAUGGGCUACCAGGUAUCAGGGGUCGUGAGGGCCCAGCUGGCCCCAGAGGUGAGCCAGGACCUUCAGGCUUUGGACCGAAAGGUGAUAGAGGUGCUCCUGGAGAUCCUGGAGUUCCUGGGCCUGCAGGAUCUGUUGGACCCAAAGGUGCACCUGGAGUUCCUGGGCUUUCUGGGCCACCAGGUCAACCAGGUCCUCAGGGUUUCCGUGGAGAGACAGGGCUGCCUGGGUCUAAAGGUGACAGAGGACUUAAUGGAUUUCAAGGAGCUAAAGGUGAAUCUGGUGACAAAGGUAUCAGAGGUUUGCAAGGUGAGCCUGGUUUACCAGGUCUGCCAGGAGCAGCUGGAGAGAAAGGAUCCAAAGGGUCAAUGGGCUUGUCUGGAAUUGAUGGUCAGAAAGGAUCAAGAGGUGACCGUGGAUCUGCUGGGCCCCCCGGAAUCAGAGGUCCUGUUGGGCCUCCUGGUGAGGCUGGACUUGCAGGAACACCUGGGCUUCAAGGACCACCAGGGAUACCAGGAAAUCCCGGACAACCUGGAGCCAAAGGUGACACAGGUCAACCAGGACGAGUCAUCAAUGCAGCUGGCUCCUCUUCUGUUAGCAUCCCAGGACCACCUGGGCCUGCUGGUCCUCCUGGCCCUGCAGGACCCCCAGGAUUAUCAGGUCCCAUUGGCCCUGCUGGUCUGCCUGGCCAACCUGGUCCUAAAGGUGACAGAGGAUAUAAGGGAGAGCAGGGAGAGCAAGGAAUAACAGUGAGAACGAGUGAAAGUAUAAGUUCAACCAGAGCUGAGAGACAGUUUGGUAGCAAUGGCGGCUCGAUGCUAACCAGCCUACCUGGCCCACCCGGCCCACCAGGUCCUCCUGGACGUCCAGGCGAUUCAAGACAAGGACCUCCAGGACCACCUGGACCGCCAGGCGAGCCAGGUUAUGGAAGACCAGGACCUAAGGGAGACAAAGGAGACGCAGGAUUUGCAUCCAGCUCUGGAGGGUUUUACAAUGGACCACCAGGACCACCAGGACCACCUGGGAUUCCAGGGGCUAAAGGAUCACAAGGUUCGCCUGGACCAAGAGGGUACCAAGGUGAGCCAGGCCAGCCAGGUGUGCCAGGCUCCCCAGGAAGACCAGGAAGCUCUGAGAGAGUGUCGACAUAUUCCGGGGGACACGGGAUCCCUGGACCACCAGGUCCACCAGGACCUCCUGGACCCCAAGGACCACAAGGAUUUAAAGGGGACACUGGAGCUCCUGGUCUCUCUGGCUCUUCAAGAGGCUCCGUCUCAGUCAGCCCAGGCCCUCCUGGUCCCCCAGGUCCUCCUGGUCCUCCAGGUCUUCCAGGCUCCUUCGCUUCUUCUAGUGACAUGCACCAGUACAUCGCCGACUAUCUGAGUAGAAGCAGACUGCAGGCUGGAACCCCUGGACCCCCAGGUCCGCCUGGACCUCCAGGAAUCCCCGGAACCUUCUCUGGUUCUAUAGACGACAUCGGCACUCGAGUCAUUGCAUACAUCCAACGUUCAGGCUCAGGCUUCAGCAAUGGCGUUCAGGGUCCUCCUGGACCACCUGGUCCUCCUGGACCUGCCUCUGGAUCCCUGACAGUCAGUGGUCUCAUCGUCAUGCUUCAGAGAGAUGAAGUGAGGAGAUAUUUGGCUGGACCACCAGGGCCACAAGGACCACCAGGACCACCAGGAACAUCAGUCGGAAGUUCAAGCAGUCACAAUGUAGAGGAGAUAGCCAGAUAUGUCAUCAAUAUCAUAAAUGAAAGAGGGGUUUCUAGAGGUCUGCCCGGUCCACCUGGUCCACCCGGUCCUCCUGGGCCUUCUGGUGCAGGCGGCUCUGGCUUUGCUACCGCUACGAUUGACUACUCCACACUGCUGAGAAAUUCAGACUUCCGCUCGUGGAUUAACUCCGCUGUACAACACGGUCCUCCUGGUCCUCCGGGUAUCCCAGGGCAGCCUGGACCCCCUGGUCCUCAGGGGCCACCAGGAGUCACCUCAGCCACUGUGUACGGGUCUGGAGGUCGUGGCCACAGCUUGGAGGAGAUUCAGCGUUACCUGCAGGGCUCUGGGUUCAGAGGUCUUCCUGGCCCUCCUGGUCCUCAGGGACCACCGGGCCAACCAGGCAGUUCCUCUGGAACAGUUUCCUUCAGUGGAAGCUUCCCUCGGGAGAGCAUCCGUGCUGAAGUUCAGGAGUAUCUGACCAGCGACAACGUUCGCCGUGCCAUCAUCGGACCGCCAGGGCCUCCAGGACCAAGGGGUCAGAAAGGAGAGCGUGGAGAGCCGGGUUACAUCCAGGGCUACACGCAGAGCCACAGCUACUCUCAGGGCAACUCUCGCCAGGGCUCGGAGCGCAAAGACAUCGAUGUCAGCAGGCUCACUGAGACACUGGACUACUCCAACGUUGCAUUGAGAGUCACAGACUACAUCAAGAAUCAAGGCCUGCUGCAGGAGUAUCUGGUUGAGGGUCCAUGGAAGACGAAUGUAAGAGCGAUCCAAGGCCCCCCUGGUCCACCUGGGCCUCCGGGACCAGCUGGUCAAAGCCGCGUCAUCGGUGCCUACGGCAACGUCACGGCUGACCUCAUGAACUUCUUCAGAGCCUACGGCACCAUCCCCGGCCCUCCAGGAGGCCCCGGACCAAGGGGAGACAGAGGGUACCCGGGACCCAAAGGAGAGAAGGGUGAUCAAGGACGCCCUGGAUUACCAGGACUGCCAGGGACAUACACUGUCCAAAUUCCACACAGAGUGCAGAAGAGGGAUGCAGCCAACAAAGUGGUCGGUCGUCAGAAGAAGCAUCGCCGUCAAGCCACUGGUGGCUGAAGAGUUAACAUACUACUGGGUCAUGUCACAUUUCAUUUUUACUCAUCUUUUUUUUAGGUUGAUCUGUAGCAAUGCAAGUAGUCAAAAAUGCUCCUUAUUCUUGCCAUUUGUAGAAAAAGUCAGAGGACAACUUGAGAAAAUAAAAGUGGCCAAAAAAUGCAUCAGUCUCUUUAAAACAGCUUCAGCAGAGGAAUGGUUUCAGCUGCUGGUCAGUGUUUUUCACACAGACAUUUUUUUUUUGUAACAUGUGGGUGUAUAAUGUUUACUUUGCUUAGUAGAAGCUUGCAUUUAAACUUUUUCCAGGGGCAGCUUUGUUUAAGAGAAUAUCUAUUUUUAAGCAGUAAGUAGCUGAUGCUUUAAUUGCACUUUGCAUCUCUUCCCACAGCUUGUGUAACUUGAGUGUCUGGUGUACUUUUUUUUUUGUAUUCACUGUUUUUUGAGGAUUAUAUUGUAUUAAGGAUUAUAUGAGUUUUAAAGGUUUUGUCAAGGUUAGCCUUCAAUGUUUCAUGAAAGAGUAUAAUACUGUCAGAUAAUCCACAUAAAUCAAGCCAGCCUCCAGCCUUAAAGACCCCUGGCAUUUCUCCAUUCACUCCAUACAAAGCAUUUCAAACUUAUAAAGCAUCGUUAUCUGAACCUGACACAGUCCCGGUCAGGGUGAGGGUCAUAUGUGCGGCAGGUGGGGACGAGGGUUACAGUAAAUGUUGUUGCCGUCAGGACUGACUUACUUGAAAGGAUUGUUGGUAAAAAAUAAUGGUUGAGAGACAGGGACUCAGAUAAUCACUAAUAAAUGACUGAUUGGAGUAUAUAUUUUUGUAUGAGCGCGCACUGAAAUUGAUAUAUUUUCUGUGUUGGAAAGAUUAAAUUAUAAAAUGUUCCCAGAUUAUGUUUGACAUGAUUGAACUUAUUGACACUUGAUCAGUUUAUCUGAAAGACACGCAAAUAAAUCUAUUUUUGGA